GCUUCCAUAAACCCCUAAGCCAGAACCCUUACAAAAACCCUAAUCACAUCCCAAGAGACGCUCUCUGAUCAAAACCUCUUUCUCUCACAACACAAGAAUAGUCUCUUUUGUGUGUUUAUUGGUCAUUGCUAACAUGCACAGGGUCUCGAGGCGUUCCGUCUCCACUCUCUUGCGCGGUGGCGCCGCACGUUAUCGGAAUGCCGUUGCCCCAAUUUCUUCUUCCAAUCUCUUCAACGAAUUGCAGGCUGGAGGGAGUGAUACCAAUUUCAGAUGGUAUUCUGUGUUAAGCAGUGGGAGAUGCAACACAACUGUUAAGCUGCUUAACAUGAGAAAUGGGCAGUUUCUCAGCAACCGAUACUUAUCGACUGCUGUGGCAUCUGAUGCAUCAGAUGCCCCAGCUGAGAAACAUGAGUAUCAAGCAGAGGUUAGCCGCCUUAUGGACCUCAUUGUUAACAGUUUAUACAGCAACAAAGAGGUUUUUCUUCGGGAGCUUAUCAGCAAUGCAAGUGAUGCCUUGGACAAACUGCGAUUUCUUAGUGUUACAGAACCUGAUCUUUUGAAGGAUGCAAUUGAUCUUGAUAUCCGUAUCCAGACUGAUAAAGAUAAUGGGAUAAUCACUCUCACGGAUUCUGGCAUUGGUAUGACCCGACAAGAACUUGUUGAGUGUCUUGGAACUAUUGCACAAAGUGGAACUGCGAAGUUUUUAACGGCAUUGAAGGAGAGCAAGGAUGCUGGCGCUGACAGCAAUUUAAUUGGUCAAUUUGGUGUGGGAUUUUAUUCGGCGUUCUUAGUAUCUGAUCGGGUAGUUGUCUCAACAAAGAGCCCAAAAUCUGAUAAGCAAUUUGUGUGGGAAGGAGAGGCCAAUUCUAGUUCCUAUACAAUUCGAGAGGAGACUGAUCCUGAGAAGCUCAUUCCAAGAGGGACCCGUCUAACCUUAUAUCUUAAGGGUGAUGACAAAGGCUAUGCACAUCCAGAAAGGGUUCAAAAGCUUGUGAAAAACUAUUCACAGUUUGUUUCAUUCCCAAUUUACACCUGGCAGGAGAAGGGAUACACUAAAGAGGUUGAGGUUGAAGAGGAUCCAACUGAGGCCAAGAAGGAUGAACAAGAUGAGACAGCAGAGGUACUUAAAAAGAAGAAAACUAAGAAGGUUAUUGAGAAGUACUGGGAGUGGGAACUCACUAAUGAGACCCAGCCUAUAUGGCUUCGGAACCCCAAGGAAGUCACCACCGAAGAAUAUAAUGAGUUCUAUAAGAAUACUUUCAAUGAAUACUUGGAUCCAUUAGCGUCUUCACACUUCACUACAGAGGGUGAGGUGGAGUUUAGGUCUAUACUCUAUGUGCCAGGCAUGGCUCCCAUGGGAAAGGAUGAGCUUCUCAAUUCCAAGACAAAGAAUAUAAGGCUCUAUGUAAAACGGGUGUUCAUUUCAGACGAUUUUGAUGGAGAAUUGUUCCCACGAUAUCUGAGCUUUGUCAAAGGUGUUGUCGAUUCAAAUGACCUUCCCCUUAAUGUGUCACGUGAAAUUCUCCAGGAAAGUCGUAUUGUACGGAUUAUGAGGAAGCGUUUGGUGCGGAAGGCCUUUGACAUGAUUCUUGGCAUAUCCAUGAGCGAUAACAAAGAUGAUUAUGAGAAGUUCUUUGAGAACUUUGGCAAAUUCCUGAAAUUGGGCUGCAUUGAUGAUCAUGAAAACCACAAGCGUCUUGCUCCACUGCUUCGAUUUUUCUCUUCACAGAGUGAGGAAGAUAUGAUCAGCUUGGAUGAAUAUGUCCAUAAUAUGAAAGAUGGGCAGAAGGAUAUCUAUUUCUUUGCUACUGACAGUGUGACUAGUGCAAGAAACACUCCUUUCCUGGAGCGGCUUCUUGAGAAGGAUCUUGAAGUGCUGUACUUGGUUGAUUCUAUUGAUGAGGUUGCCAUUCAAAACCUAAAGUCAUACAAAGAGAAGAAUUUUGUUGAUAUUAGCAAGGAAGAUUUGGAUAUAGGUGAUAAAAAUGAGGAGAAAGAAAAGGAAAUGAAGCAAGAGUUUGGCCAAACUUGUGAUUGGAUUAAGAAGCGGUUGGGUAAUAAAGUUGCCAAUGUUCAAAUCUCAAAUCGCCUGAGCUCAUCACCUUGUGUUCUUGUAUCUGGGAGGUUUGGUUGGUCUGCAAAUAUGGAGAGGCUGAUGAAGGCACAGACUGUUGGUGAUACUUCUAGCCUGGAAUACAUGAAAGGCAGGAGGGUGUUUGAGAUCAAUCCUGAACAUUCCAUCAUCAAAACCUUAAAUGCUGCAUUCAAGAAUAGUCCAAAUGAUGAAGAAGCCUUGAGAGUUAUUGAUCUGUUGUAUGAUACAGCUUUAAUUUCCAGUGGUUUCACUCCCGAGAGUCCUGCGCAGCUCGGUGGGAAGAUCUAUAAGAUGAUGGGUGCUGCUCUUUCCGGCAAGUGGGCUUCCUCAGCUGCUGCUGACUUUGAACAGCCAGUGAUACAACCACACAGCCAAGGAACAGUAGAAGCUGCUGACUUUGAACAGCCAGUGAUACAACCACACAACCAAGGAACAGUAGAAGCUGCUGACUUUGAACAGCCAGUGAUACAACCACAGAGCCAAGGAACAGUAGAAGCUGAGGUAGUGGAGCCAGCCGAAUCUGAUGGUCAGAAAGUAGAGAUUCACUGAUUUUUGUGGACUGAAUACAUUAACUACUUUUUGUACUUGAAAAGAGGGUUGAUUCAAACCAUUGAUUUCAGAUAGGGUGGGUUUGUUUGGUACUGGAUUAAUUAAAUUACAAAUGAUGAUGCAUUUCUGUACCUGGGAUGAAAUUGCCAAGCAGUAACAGGUAUGUAAUGCGUUGAUUAUUCUA